AUGGGUCAAGGCGACGCAGUGCAUGCCUCCCGCAGAGAUCUGCACGACGCCGACGGUGUCGGGGUGAAGGUACUUGUCCGCGAGACGGGGUUUGGGGGCCUCGGUGAUGCGGGGACCGAGACCGAGUUCGCAGUUCUCGCCGCUGCCCCAUACUGCGACGUCGAGUACAUCAGUCGGCCUCCUAGGGCGAAGGGAAAUUCCUUGGCCCGCUUGGCUGGGCUGUACAUUGGAUCUGGAUCUGGGUUGCGCAGGCUGCUGUGCGGAACGGUGUAA